AUGUUGUUUCAUAUCCGGGGAUCGACAGAAGUCAAUACCCGAGCACAACAAGUUGACGUUGAUGCAUCUAGUCUCAACUCGGGUGAUGCCUUCGUUCUAAUUCACGGAGAAGAAUCUUAUUUAUGGAUCGGAAAAGGGGCCAGUAAGAACGAACGAAAAAUGGCGAAGAAUGUGAUGAUGUAUUUGACAAAUGAAAGCGACCCGAUUAUAUUGAGCGAAGGAAAGGAACCGAAAAUGUUCUGGGAAAUACUUGGCGGCAAGAAAGAAUAUUCUCAAAUGUGCAAUGCUCAAGUUAAUGGAACUGAAAUGCAUCCUCGUCUUUUUCAUUGUUCGAACGCUUCAGGAAAUUUCACAGUUGAAGAGGUUGUCAAUUUUGCACAAGAGGAUCUAUAUGAAGAUGACGUCAUGCUUCUUGAUACAUACAAAGAGAUUUACGUUUGGAUCGGUAAAGGAGCAAAUGAAACGGAAAAGAAAGAGUCACUAAAAACAGCAAUGGAUUAUAUCAAGUCCGACCCAUCAGGAAGAACUCCAGAAAACACCCUCAUUUUACAAGUGAAACAAGGAGCAGAACCUCUCAAUUUCAAAGGCUGCUUCCAGGGAUGGGAUCCAACCCGGUGGGCGAAAGGAAAAAGUUACGAUGAAAUGAAACAAGAACUACAAAGAGAAAAUGAUGGAAUUGCCUUUGUCAGAGAUGAAUUAUCGAGGUACACAAAAAAAUACAAUCUGAAAGAACUGCGUAGAAGUUUUCUCCCAAGAGAUGUCGACCCAACAUGCAAAGAGAAAUACCUCACAGACGAAGACUUUCACGACGUUUUCAAAAUGACUCAAGAAGAAUUUUAUGCAAAACCCAAAUGGAAGCAGAUUGAAUUGAAAAAACGCUGUGGACUUUUCUAG